UUGGUUCUGUCAGCCUUCAUCCUCAUAACAGCCCGGGCUGCCAUUGGAGAGCCGCUGGCGAGAGGAGGAAGACGCAGGAGAUUUCCGACCAUCACUCCGGCUCAUGUAACCAGGCGGCCUAUGUUGGACCCAGUCGUCUUUCAAUAGCAACUUCGUCAGAAAAAGAGAGAAAAGGAAAAGGGGGAGAAAAUGGGACGUACCGCAAUUCCUAUAUUGAUGGCUGUAUUGUCCUUUUGCGUGCGGGAAAACGUCGAGGCCCUGGCCAUGACUGAGGUGAACGGUCCGGAACCCCAGCUGGCAGAACCGCAGAUCGUCAUGUUCUGCGGCCGUCAGCUCCUGCACAUGAACAUCCAGACCGGCCAGUGGGAGCCGGAUCCUCAGGGCCGCCAGGGCUGCUUCAAAGAGCCCAGCGAAUUCCUGUCCUACUGUCAGGAGAUGUACCCAGCGCUUCCCAUCUCCCAUAUAGAGGAGUCCAAAAGACCGGUCACCAUCCCCGGCUGGUGCAAGAAGGGCUGGGGCCACUGCCAGACUCACCCCUUCAUCGUCCUGCCCUACCGCUGUCUGGAGGGCGAGUACGUGAGCGAGGCCCUGCUGGUGCCCGACCGAUGCCGCUUCCUCCACCAGGAGCAGAUGGAUGCUUGUGAGAGUUACGUCUACUGGCACAACAUCGCAAAGGAGGAAUGCGCGGCAGACAAUCUGGAGCUUCACAGCUACGGCAUGCUGCUGCCGUGCGGCGACCACUACCGCGGCGUGGAGUACGUGUGCUGCCCGGGCCGCGCCGGUCCGAGCGGGAAAGGAGAGACAGAGGAGAGAGACGCCUCCGCCGGUGCUCAGACGCUCACAUCUCAGACCAGUGGAAAACUCAGCUCUGUCACCAAAGUGACGGCGCCCACUCCGAGCCCCUCUCCCGACACCGAGGUGGACGAGGCCGACAUGGAAGAGGAGGAUGACGAAGUGGUGGAAGAAGAGGAGGAGGAAGAGGAGGAGGAAGUCGACGAGGAGGAGGCCGAAGAGGAGGAAGAUGAGGAGGCGAUAGUUGUGAAGGACCCGGAAGAGUAUGAGUACCCCAUCGACUCGGGUCCCUACCAAACCUCAGACUACUUGGACUCCUACUACUAUGAGAACAGCCACAAGCCCACCACCUCCUCGCCCCUGAUGAAGGGAGACGGCCGUGAGUUGGCCACGCCUCGGCCCACCGACGGGGUCGACGUCUAUUUUGAAAAGCCGGUCGACGACACCGAGCACGCCAACUUCCUGCGCGCCAAAACGGACCUGGAGGAGCGCAGGAUGAAGCGCAUCAACGCGAUUAUGAAGGAAUGGGCUGAAGCUGACAAUCAAUCAAAAAAUCUGCCAAAGUCAGAGCGACAGGCCCUGAAUGAGCACUUUCAGUCUGUGCUGCAGACGCUGGAGGAGCAGGUGGCCGCAGAGCGACAGAGGCUGGUGGAGACUCACCUGGCCAGAGUUGAGGCCAUCCUCAACAACAACCGCCAGCUGGCCCUGGAGAACUACCUGACUGCUGUACAGUCUGAUCCGCCCCAGCCGGAGCGCGUGCUGCAGGCGCUGAAGCGCUACAUGGCGGCGGAGCAGAAGGACCGCAGGCACACGCUGAGGCACUACCAGCACAUUGUGGCCGUUGACCCCCAGAAGGCCGAGCAGAUGAAAUUCCAGGUUUACACGCAUCUCCAUGUGAUCGAGGAGAGGAUGAACCAGAGCCUCGCGCCGCUGUACAAGGAUCCCACCCUGGCCGAGGAGCUGCACAAUGACAUCCAGGAGCUGGUGAAAGCCGAACGGGGAGACAUCAGCGAGCUGAUGACCACCUCCUUCUCCGAGACCCGCACCACCGAGGAGCUGCUCCCCGCCGAGAGCGAGGAGGAGAAGGACGACGAGGAGGAGGAGGAGAGGGCCUUCCAGAACAGACCGUAUCCUCCUCGCAUCGAUCUGCAGUCUAAUAAGAAAGAGGAUGAAUAUGAUUACACCACAUCUGAGCGAGGCCCCACUUAUGAGUAUGAGGAGAAGAUCAACACCUCUGCAGAGCUGAAGCAGGUCGUCAAGCCCAAUGAGAUUGCAAGAGAUGAGCUGCAACCCGAUGCCUUGGAGACGUUUAACCGCGGCGCCAUGGUGGGCUUGCUGGUGGUGGCCGUGGCCAUCGCCAUGGUGAUGGUAAUCAGCCUGCUGCUGGUGCGCAGGAAGCCGUACGGCACCAUCAGCCACGGCAUCGUAGAGGUCGACCCCAUGCUGACGCCGGAAGAACGGCAGCUCAACAAGAUGCAGAAUCACGGCUACGAAAACCCCACCUACAAAUUCUUUGAACAGAUGAACUGAAGGACUGGGGCAUCCCACAAGUCAUGCCUGACCUCCUGUGUUGUCCCCUCCCCACACACACACACACACACACACACACUCCUCGCUGCCGUCCUUUCAGUGGCGUCCCAGCCACGCCCCCUUUCAUGGAUUUGUAACAUGCAGGAACAAAAAAAAAGUCACUGAAAUAAGUAAGGAAAACAUCCCAAACUCAUUGUAAAUGACCCAACAGCAACCUAUCGACAUUACCAGAGUGUGAAUAAGCCCCACAUCACCUGUCGUAAUGUAGUACUUCUCUGGGUUAGAGUGUGAGGAGUGUUUCGUUGCAUUGGCGGCGCCACAUCUCAUAACCCUGAAAAGCUUCAGCUCACCCCUGUGGCAUGACUUGACCUGUUGCUCCUCCGUCGCUCCUCACUAGAAACUGAAUUUGAACGGUGCAUAAUGCUUUAUAGUAUUUAUUUUCAGUAGUAGUCUCUUUGUUCAAAUUGUACCACAGUUAGAUAUAAAGUAUCUGUGUAGAUGAGUGUGAAUGACAGCCGACUUUAAAUCAUUGCGCGAUACCAAUUUUUUUUUCGUUUUCUUUUUCUUUUUUUUUUUCUGGGGGGGGGUUAAAAAAACAAAUACGCUGAGUGAUAAAAGGGCGAUUACCAAACUUACCUCCAUGAAUUCACAAGCAUGACACAACCCCUGUAACAUGAAGACACGCCCGUUAAAUCAGGAUGUGAAGAUUUGAUUUUGUGAAAUCAAACUCGAUACAGAGCUCCGUGCUGGUGGUGCAACAAUCACCUUGUUUUUGUCUUCUGAGGUUCCACCCUCAGUAUUAUUAUUAUUAUCAUGAUUAUUAUUACUACCAUUCAUUAUUUGGCAAAAUAUACCAAAUGUUUCAUUUAGCCAACUCCGUCAGUGAAUGGGUUCGUUUUAUUUGUUCUGCUAUCUAAAGAACCAUAAAACAGGAUAAUGAAAAAGUCUGUUGUUUUAAUGAAAGCAUGACAACUUGGUGUAUGAUGCUGCUGUAUUUAUUUGUGUUGUUCCUGUCAUUGCUUUUGAAAAAGUCAGAAAUGUCACCGUUCAAAAUGGACACUGUAAAUAACGUAAGAAAUACAUACUACUACUAGAUGUAGACAUUUCUAUGAUUAAUUUGCAUUGAUGUAAUGGAAUAAUACAUAAAAAUAGUACAUUGUGCUGUUACGAGAAGGAGAAACAUUUUCCUAACAUGGCUGAUUGAAAACGGACUGUUGUAAAAACCAGCACAAGACAACGACACAGCAACUACUUUCUGAAUGUAUUUAAGGUAGAUGUUGAGAAUCCAUCCUCUUUUCAGUGAAACGCAUCGUUCCCCACCUAGUAGACCUCAGUAGGAGUUAGUGAAGCUCGACACAUCCAGCCGAUCGGGCGCCCGAUGCCCUCCUCGUCACGUCGUGUAGCAUCGUCACGUUUAGAGAAGGGGGGGGGGUGAAGAGAGGGGCGCUGUCAGAGCAAUGUGAAGUUUCAGUGUGUGCAGUGACCUAAAGACACACCGCACUCUGGCAUGAUAGCAGUGAAACAGUCUGCCAGUUCCCACAUCUUUAAAGUCAGCAGCAUUUAGUGCUCGUUCUCUAUAGAUGCUAUAUUUAAGUUACUUUUCUCAUGAAAGAAGCUUUUCACCAAACGACUCGCUGUAGUUUGUCAUAUUUAUGAUAGACUUAGAAUCCUGUAGAAGUAAGCUCAAAGAAGGGAUUGUUUCCCUUUUUCUUUCUUUUCUUGUCAUUUUUCUGGCUGAAUGUCGUACCUGCGUUCUGUGUCACUCUGAUUUCCUUUCGCCACUCGAGUCCGUCGGACCACAUUGGUUAAGAAAGGUCACAUUGUGGGAUGUUGCUUUUGGUUCAUCGGUCUUUACCUAUAUGCUAUAGAUAAUCCAUACCAAAAUCCAGUUAAAUUUUUAUUUAUCUGUGGUGGAUGUGAUCCUGUAUAAACCUGCAUCUGUUCAUUUGGAGAAAAGACGGUUUUAUGUGUGACUUCUGUUCUUCUGUGCGAAGCAGACUUUUGAGUUUUCGGUUGAGCAUUAGUUUUGCGUUGGUCUUGUUCGGCAGGUUGAUUGCAGGCUGCAGCUGCGUUAUGAUGACGGGUGAAGAGAAGUCGAAGCCCUUGUAUAAUUUGUACAGCUACGUUAGUGAAUGAAAAACAUUGUAUGUUCACAGUUUAAGUCAGUUGAUCUUGUAAUGAUACUACUGAAACCAUAGAUGAGAAUAAGCUUGCCUGUGUUUCCCAAAACCACUGAAGGUUUCCUACCAGCAUUUAGCAGACUUAGAAUGGUGUAAACUGUAGUUACUCAAAUCACAUUUGUACUUAACGUCCUCCGUCUGAUUCUAGACUUCUUUGUUGGUCUGUCCCCCUACUUCCCCCCGAUGAAAUAUAAACAAUGUUAUUGAGAUUUUAAUUGCUGCAUCAUUGCCUUUUACAAUGCUGUGUUUUGGAUGUAAUCUGUAUUUUUUAUUUAUAUGUAAUAAUCAGUUGGAUCAAGGGUCAUGCUUUUCACAUUCGCGAUGUAAUUUUAGAAGCUUGUGUGAGACAAACACUGACAGGUUGAUGACGUUAAUGUGAAACACGGACCGACACGUGGCCUCUGCCUAAUUGACGAGGAGCGGCACUAAGCACAAGUAGAACUAAAUUUCUCUGUGUGUACAGGUUGCUAAAUGUUAGACAUUUGAUUCUGUCUGAUUUUAAUCGUACCGUAUAAUUCCCGGGCUGUUGAUUGUAUUACUGAGAGAGCUGUUCUUCAUUUCCAUUCAGAUCUUUAACCAAAGACAUGCUCCAUAAAUAAUCAGACAGAUAAUCUAAUUUGGCAAAGAUGUUUUCUGUGUAACUGUAGUGCAAGCAAUCUGACAAAUUAAAA